AUGAAGUCGUCUGGUGUUCUAUCGCUUGCGGCUCUGUCUUUCGCCACGGCGGUCAAAGCAGCUACUGUUACCUAUGACUGGACGGCAACCUGGGUCUGGGCAGCCCCAGAUGGAGUUGGGAGGCCAGUGGUCGGCAUCAACAAUGCUUGGCCUUGUCCACAGAUUGAUGCCACGGUCGGUGAUACCGUGAUCAUCAACUUCACUAACAAUCUCGGGAAUCAGACAAGUGGUCUCCAUUUCCACGGCAUCAACCAGGUUCAGACUCCCGAGAUGGAUGGGCCAAGCGGUGUUACCCAGUGCCCAGUACCUCCCGGCUCGACUCUCCAGUAUAAAUUCGUGGUUGAUGUCGGCGGUACCUUUUGGUGUAAGUUUGGCUCGACCGCUAUGCUCAACUUAACAAGUGACAGGUACCACAAUGAGUCUCUUACCAUGGUCCGCAACAUGCUGCAGCCUAGCAAUACUCGAUUCGCUCCGCCCAUUCCCGAUGGCAUGAUCAUCAACGAGGGAGCUGGGUUGAAUGUCAACUUCACCAAAGGCAGGAAGUAUCGCUUCCGCAUGAUCAGCUUCGCCGCCUUGGCUUCCGCCAUGAUUCACUUCGAUUCUCACGACAUUAACAUCAUCAUGAAUGACGCCGACUAUCUGCAAAAGGAGGUCAAGUAUCAGCUCCGCAUUGCCACGGCUCAGCGUUACGACUUCAUAAUCGAGUGCAUUGAUCGAGACAACGACAACUACCCAUUCUUGAUCUCGCUGGAUAUCAACCGCGACUGGACAAAUCCCGACUUGGGUCCCCUCCAAUGGCCACACAACUACACCGGCUACCUCACCAUGGAUUACAACAAACCAAACACCAAGAAGGACGUGGUGCACAAGUGGAAGCCUGCUGACGACUCCCACUUCAAGCCAUAUGACAACGAGGCGAUCCUCGGGGGGAACGACACCAACUAUGACACUCUGAUCAAGAUGGACUUCGCAUUCUGCACAGAUGCCAACGGCUACCCCCGCGCUUGCUUCAACAACCUGACAUACAUCGACCAAAAGGUGCCGGCCUUGUACUCGGCCGCCACCACGGGCGACGACAACAGCAAUCCCAUCGUCUACGGCCAGAUCAACCCCUUCAUUGUCAACUACGGCGAUGUCGUCCAGAUCGUGGUCAACAACCAGGAUGCUGCCACCCACCCUUUCCAUCUCCACGGCCAUCACUUCCAGGUUCUCGACCGCCCCAAGACCGGCACCGGGGACUGGUCCGGCAGGGACACCAACUACAACCAGAAGCCGCCCCGGCGCGACACCGUCACGGUCAUGGCGCACUCGCACGCCGUCUUGCGGUUCAAGGCCACCAACCCGGGCACUUGGCUGUUCCAUUGCCACAUUGAGUGGCAUGUCGAGAUGGGCCUGACGGCCACCAUCAUUGAGGCGCCGGACAGGCUGAGAAAUCUGACCUUCCCUCAGGAUCAUCUGGAUGCUUGCAACAAGAUGGGCAUCCCGGUGAGUGGCAACGCGGCGGGCAAUACGCAGGAUUAUUUGGAUACCACGGGGAUGGUGACGGUGCCGCCGACUAUUUAUAACGGGGCUAUGUAUGCUGGGUCUAGCAGCAAGAAGAGGGGGUUGAUGGGGAAGCUUGCCUCAGGGAUGGGGAGUUUCUUCUUCUAG